AUGAUCACUACGCUGGCCUCCAUGGGCUUCUGUCUCAAGCCACUGUUGGCCGUCUUGCAGCAGAAAGAUUGCAGACUACUGUACUCUUAUCUUCCUCACUCCUGCAUCACAGAGCACGUCCACGGAGUCCCCUUCAACCGCCUGGUGGAUGUGCUGAGGGCCUAUAAGGAGCUGCACUACAGAGACGUGGCCCUGUUCACCGCCAUCUCUGACUGCGUGCGGUGUGGAAGGUCUUUUGCAACACAAACAAACAUGGAGGAGAGUGAACGUGACACAUGGAGCUCGUACCUGAAAGAGGGGCUACUUCGGUCGCAUGGCCGUGGUUUGGUGAUUCUCUUCCUGUCAGCGUUUGAGGAUCUAGCGUUCUGCCCCACGGCCAUGUUGGACGCCUUCGCAGAGAGAGUGACCAUGAGCCCGGACGCCCUGGGGCUCAAAGACGUCCUCAGCGUGCUGAAGACCUACUCGUCCCUAAACCACAACCUACAGGGCUACAGAGAGCCGUUCCUGGUGGGCGUGACCCACGUGUUGGUGUCCUACCUGCCCAAGAUGGCUGCCUGCGAGCUGCUGAAGGUGUUCUACUGCCUGAGUCUGCUGGGCCACUUCCACACCACCCCACUGGAACAGCUGCUGCAGCAGGAGACACUGGAGGAGAUCAGUGCCAGAGGGCAGGCACUGUCAGCCUAAAUUAAGAUACAGGCAUUGUCAGCCUAAAUUAAGAUACUCAUAUCUGAUUAGAUUUUCAAAUAAUUAGAUUUAGAAAAAAUUCUUAUACAUCAUUAUUAAACAUUAUUAUACAUCUAUUAUACAUUAUUAUAAUACAGAUAUGCUGAAUUCCAAAUCGAACUGCUAUCCCCUACCCCUUACUCCCUUACUCCUGUAAGAAGUGAAAUGGGUGUAAGCAAUUUGGCAAUAUUUCUACCCAGCCAAUAAGAAGGCAAGAGGAUGCGAUUACCAUCUUACUUAAACCUAUCCAACCAGCUGACCCCUUGUCCUCCAUGUCCGUACAGGUGGGUGGCUGCAGAAGGGGAUGGGGAAAAAAGCUGCAUAUAGUGGACCUCUGUCUCAGGCUGAACCGACCUUCUCUCCCUAAGCCCCUGACCGUCCCUCCCGAGGCACUGGGCUCUCCAGCCCCUAACGACGUGUCCAUUAACCCAGGGCUGUCUAUGACCCUGCAGAGCAUCACCCAGGAGUGCUGCUACAGGAGGGUGUGAUGGUCAAAGACCUAUACUUCAUAGAAUUGCAGUAUUCUGCGUACCCCCGAUCUCUUUCUGUUAUGGUAGCUCCCGUCCCCAUGGCAACCAGGCUAUCAAGAUGCAUCAUUUGGCGAUCCUAGGAUACACCCCAGUCGUGGUGUCGGAGCACGAGCUGGACUAUCUGUCCGAGGAGGAGAGAACAGAGCUCCGCAGAACACGGAUCUUUCCAGAACAGGAGAGACCUGCUAAAGUCGAUCAAAUGACAGACAGACGGACAUGGAGAGAGGGGGGACAUGGCUCAUUCAGUCAAGAGAACCUAGGCCUGGUUCUGUGGUCAGUCUUGUCACGAUCCGGUCCUGUUUCGGUCCUGUCAUUCGUUGCACAGGAACUGCUGGUAUACUGAAUUGACUACAUGAGGACUGUUGUCGAAAAUAUCUCUGUGUGAGUGUCUGGACUAUACAGUUAACUGCAUAAUGUCUCACUAUUUAACUAAAAAGUAAAUGGGAACCAACUCCCAUCUGUGUCAUUGCUCCUCAUAUUUGUGAGUUAAUCUGUGUUGGAGCGUAAAUGUUCCAGUUUAAGUAAGUUAAAUCCUGUUGAAGUAACUUUAAAGUUAAAUAACAUAACUUUAAACAUCUUAAUACCUUGCAUGGGUUAUUCCUAAAUAGUCUAAAUUCAUAUCCUCACCUCCCCUCCUUCAUCUGCACUGAUCUGCAAGAACUGACCAGCCCAAUCAGUGCAGAUGAAGGAAAGGAGAUGAGGAGAAGAAGCUACUCUAGACUAUUGAGACAGAGAGCCAUGUUUCUACUGGGUUUGUGUGUCUCGUUUAGAAUAAGUUGUCACUUGAGAUGAAUCUGUGGCCUUGCCAAAAGUGAGGCCCAAUCCUAAAUGGACCCCUAGACCUUACACCCUGUGGAGAUUGGAUAUGAUUUGAUGGGUUUAAGGAAUAACGUGAAACUUCAACCUAGCCUACCAGAGGGCCAGUUGAAAUGAAUUACCAAAUUGCUUACACCCGUUAAAUCCUCUUAGAUCUCAAGUGCAUAGGGUGAGGGUCUAGGGGUUGAUUUGGGAUUGGGCCUGAAAUUGUUCAGAUUGAUGCCAUUGAAAUGUGUUGAGUAGAGGUAGUUAUGCGAACUGAUGUUAUAAUAAAAAUUGCCUUAUAA